AUGAAGCAGACAAAAAAGAGACCCCGCCAACGUUCCCCAUCACCCUCGCCGACACCAUCGGGAAGAUCAGAUGCUAGGCCCCAAUCAACACAAUCCAAAGCGGCAGAUUCCAAUAUUGUUGUCAAUGAUGGCUCCAACACCACCUCUGGCCUUCAGUCAAGAGCCUCUCAGGCCAGACAGGCUAAUAAUAGUCUGGACCCAACCGAUCACGAUGAGCUUCUUUGA